GCGGUCUAUUUAAAAAAAUUGGACCACCGUCGACUCUCCAAAAGAACAGAAGGGAAAGUUGGUCGGCAGGCGAUCAGCGUUUUCUGUUAUGCGUGUCAACCUUGGGCCACGUUUGUCUGUAUCGGUCCAAUUUUAACGGAUGUCCAACAGGCGAUGACACACUUCAAGGAGGAGGAGGGGGGAAAGUGGAGAAAGCGGGAAAGAAAAUAGGCGAGGAGGAGGGGGGAAAGUGGAGAAAGCGGGAAAGAAAAUAGGCGAGGGAGAUGAGCGAAGAAAUCAGCCAUUGAACUCUCGCGCAAUUGAACCAGUCAUCGUAAUCGGAGGCUUAAAAUUUCAGUUCUUAUUAUUUCCGCAGUCUUAAAUUGGACGCGUCAGCCAAGGAAUCUUUUCUUUUUGUCCUUGAAAGAAACGACUGCCAGUAGUCGGGUCUGUCUUCUCUCCCACACAAAUUCACACACACACACACACACACACACACACACACACACACACACACACACACACACACACACACACAGAGAGAGAGAGAGAGAGAGAGAGAGAGAGAGAGAGAGAGAGAGAGAGAGAGAGAGAGAGAGAGAGAGAGAAACGGCGCGGUGAUAUCGUAUGUCUUGUGGUGGGGAGGUGAGAAGAGAGGAGCAGCAGUGACGCGAGACGAGAGGCGAGCAAGCAUGCGAGAGUUGUAGCAGUCCGGUAAGAGGGGAGAAGACCCCGCGGCGUACAAAUAGAGGAAGAGAGAAGAGGAGACGAGGUAGGGAAGUGAACCGGCAGAUCGGGGAGGGAGAGAGAGAGAGAGAGAGAGAGAGAGAGAGAGAGAGAGAGAGAGAGAGGCCGGGGAUCAGGACGAGGAGGAAAGAAGAAGACCCUUCGCACGCACAGGAAUGGAUCUGGUGUCGAGAGAAAGGGGGCAAGGGAAUUGAGCUGUCACACAUGUGUGUGACGGAGGAGGAGCGGUGAGCAGAGCCGUCGCUCGCACAGGAAUGAACCAGGUUUCUAUUGUUUGAACCUCCUUCUCGUUGGCUGGACCAGCUUCUUCCAAAUCGCACGGACAAGUUAGUCAAACAGGAGAGGAGGGGAGGGCUACGCGGCCCUCAACUGGAGGUGGCUAAGUCGGACAAGACGGCGCGCUCCGGGAUCUCGGAUGAGGGCGCCUGUCGGCGCGCAGCGCCCUUCUCCUUUCUGACGUCAGUGUCUUUCCACGGUGGAAGGGGUGCUGCUCCAUCGAACGGAGGACAGCCUUCGGAUCUUCUGUUCCUUGCAGGUGGUGGUAGCGUCACUGGUGGUCGUCGUCCCUCUCGGCGCGCAGUGCCCUCUCUCUGCGCAAGCGGUACUCGCAAUAAUAAAAGUAAUUACAAUAAUAAGAAUAAUGAGUGGCGGCUGAAAAGCGCAGGCUGAAAAGAGCAGAGGCGGGGCAAUCUUCGUCGUCGUGUACUUGGGAGGCUGCUGUAUACUCGGUGUAGCAUCUGGCCGUGUGCGCAGUCCUCCCCUCCCCGCUCGGACAAUUGAAAAUUGUGCGCCUGAACGGUGGAGCGCCUUGUCGCUGCCACAGCCGCAGCCGCAGAACCGCCUGUCUCCUUCCCAGAAGUGCCGAAGUCAUCAGCUCAUCACCAGCAACAGCAAAAGCAGCGUCUAUCGACGGCGAUGCCUACACUAGCAACCUCGCCUGCUAUGGGAAAACAAGCCCCCUGCGCGCGCAGCUGUCUAGGGGCAUGCUGCCUGCCAGGUGCCAUGCUCCCUGUGUAUCUUUAUGGCUCAAAGACGAAGCCGCAGUCCAAGCGGGUGCGAUCGUUUGGAGAGCUUCACAAGCUGUUGGAUAUGGAGGUGGCUGUUGAAGGCGGCGAGGAUCCUUCUCAUUCAUUCCCUAGUUCAUGUCCGAACAUGUUUGGCAACCUGCUGCUUACGCAGUUGAUUCCUGGCGAUUAUGGGUUCGUGGCGCAGCUGAACGAGGGACGAUACUCAAAGAAAAGACUGACAGAAUUCCGAGUGGAUCAGGUGCUGCAGGACUUCGAUCCCAAGAAAUUCAAUUUCAGGAAAGUGGGGCAAGAUGAGGUGCUCUUUGGUUUCCAGGAGAGCGACGAUGACAAGACAAGCUACCUCGAGGCAGGACCCAGGCGCAACAGCCCAUCAUUGAUACUCAUCAAUGUGAGCCCCAUUGAGUAUGGGCAUGUCCUGUUGGUGCCUCGUGUAGCAGACUGCAUUCCUCAACGGCUGUCGCCUGACACCUUUCUCGAAGCUCUGAUCAUUGCCAUUGAAGCAGACAGCCCCUUCUUUCGUGUGGGGUAUAACAGUUUGGGGGCUUUUGCAACUGUCAACCACCUCCACUUCCAGGCCUACUACUUGAUGAAACCAUUUGCGGUAGAGAGGGCACCCACCAUGGAAAUUGCGACAGGCGGCCAUGACCACUCCUUGGCAGUCCAUGAGCUCAAGGAUUACCCAGUUCGGGGCUUAGUGCUGGAGCUUGGGGACAGCCUGGAAGAGCUGGCUAGAGUUGUGGCACGAACAGCGCAACGGCUGCAGGACCGGAACAUUCCUUUCAACAUUUUCAUUGCAGACAAGGGUGCAAGAGUCUUCCUCUACCCUCAGUGCUUUGCAGAGCGGCAGGCGAACAAUCUGGUCCCCGAAGAUCUGAUGGAGAUGCAAGUGAACCCUGCCAUUUGGGAAAUCAGUGGACAUAUUGUUCUCAAACGACGGGAGGAUUACGAGAAUAUCACUGAAGCUAAGACAUGGAGAUUGCUUGCUGAGGUUUCCCUGGAUGAGGAGCAGUUCCAAGAAGUCAAAGCCAUCUGUCUUGAGGAGCUAGAGUCUCUUCUAUAGGAGGAAAUCAAGAGCAGUGACGUGUGGCGGGAGGCGGAUGCUCCUCUCCCAGUGUUUAACAAGUGGCCGUGAUCGACUGUGCUGCGUGGGACAUACUAGAUGUUGAAUCACAUCUCGCGUCAGCAUGCACGUACCCAGUCAGCAUUGGAAUUGUCGGUGCAUGCACGUAGCCUUGCAUCUGAUGGAAGAAAUGGGCCACUCCUUUGCUCGGCAUUCCGGAAGUCUGGAAAUCUUCACAUGCCAUAGGUGCUUAACAUCAGCGGCGCAUUGAGUGGUGACAUGCAACGGUAAUCAAGUCGGUCAGCGAUCUUUGAAUGGAGCUUUGACUUCUACACGUCUUCGCUCUGCAGCGCCUAAAGCACCUUUUCCAUCAAUAGGUACUCCUAACGCAUCAACAACACGACCCAACAUAAAUCUUCCUACAGGAACAUCUACAAUAGAUCCAGUACGUUUGACAAUAUCUCCUUCUUUAAUGGCAGUAUCACUACCAAAAACCACAAUUCCUACACUCUCAUUUUCUAGAUUCAGUGCCAUUCCUUUAACACCACUGGAAAAUUUGACCAUUUCUCCAGCUUAAAGCAGUUUAGGAUUAUUGAUUUGAAUUGAAUGAACUCUUUAUUCUCCG